UAACUUGGCAAGACGAGCACUCUGCCCCGUUCUCCUGGGAAACACGGAGUCAGAUGGAGUUCAGCAUCUCCUCCUUAUCCAUCCAGGAGCCGAGUGCGGGCGUCUCGGUCAGCGAGCCGCUGAGGCCUCCUGCCAAGGCUUCCCAGGGUGCGCCGGGCCUCAGGCCCCCCCAGGGCAGCCGGUCCUCCAGCCUGGAUGCCCUGGGGCCCAGCAGGAAGGACGAGGAAGCGGCCUUCUGGAAGGUCAAUGCGGAGCGCUCCCGGGAGGGGCCGGAGGCCCAGUUCCAGUCUCUGACCCCCAGCCAGAUCAAGUCCAUGGAGAAGGCAGAGAAGGCCUCUCCAGCCAGCUGCUGGCAGGAGCCAGCCCCGAAGGACCGGGAGGCCAAGGCCGCCCACCGGGAGCAGGUCCCAUCCGGCACGGAAGGGGAGCAGGAGAGGCCACAGGCUGUCCCUGCUCCCGCUGACCCGGAGCCUGGGAGGAAGCUGCCGGCGCUUGGCGCCGGGCUGGAGGACGAAGACCGUCUGUUCUUGGAACCCACGCUGGCUCAGGUCAGCUCCAGCACGGUCGUCUUGAAGACAGGGUUCGAUUUUCUGGACAACUGGUAAACAGGACGGCAGCGGAGACCCGAGCACGCCCCGCCCUGCGGCGCAGGCAGCGCCCCGAGACCGGCUCCCCUCUCUACACUUUCCUUAAUUCUUUGCAAACUGGUAAAUAGUGCCAGACUUUUUUUUUUCCUCUUUGGUAAAACCAGAUAUAUGCUAUUUUCAGUAAUUUGAUAGCAGAAGUUUUACACUUGGAAUUUUUAUAGUCCAUUAGGAGUUUAAUGUAAGUUCCUAGUUCUACCCAAUUUUCCCCUCAAAGGAAUUCUUUUCACUAUUUACGAAAGUGGUGAACGUGACUCCAUUUCCUCCUCUGCCCCUUCGCACGCUGUCUGUGCGUGGGGCUCCUUGCGCAGGUGACCACCUCCUAGUCCUCAGCUGCAAGGAGAGCUGCAGGGGCAGACGCCAAGGCUGAGGCUGCGCCCCCAUCCAU